AUGGCCUCAACAUCAGCGGCAUUGAAGUUGCUAGCCCAAGAAAACACUCUGUCUGAAUUGUUCGUACGAGGUGAAGACGAGAGACCCAAGGUGGCCCACAACGCAUUCCGCGAUGAUAUUCCGGUGAUAUCACUCGCCGGCAUUGACGUUUCGGCCGAACGGAGAUCGGAGAUACGUGAAAAGAUUGCGGAAGCCAGUGAAGAAUGGGGCUUGUUUCAGGUAAUUGACCACGGAAUUGACCCGGACCUGAUUUCCAAAAUGACUAGACUUUCCCAGGAUUUCUUUUCUUUGCCGGAUGAUGAAAAGCUCCGGUUCGAUAUGUCCGGCGGUAAAAAGGGCGGUUUUAUAAUAUCCAGCCACCUUCAGGGAGAAGCUGUUAUGCACUGGCGGGAAUUGGUGACGUUUUUUUCAUACCCAAUCGGUGCCCGGGACUAUUCCAGGUGGCCGGACAAGCCCGAGGGAUGGAAAGCGGUAACGGAGGCAUACAGCGAGAAUGUAAUUGGCCUAGCCCGGAAGAUACUGGAGCUAUUAUCUGAGGCAAUGGGACUGGAGAAGGAUGCCAUUGCAAAGGCUUGCCUGGAAAUGGAUCAGAAGAUUGUGGUGAAUUUCUACCCAAAGUGUCCGCAGCCUGACCUGACGCUCGGUAUUAAAAAGCACACUGACCCGGAUACCAUCACGGUGCUGGUCCAGGACCAGGUUGGCGGGCUACAGGUUACCAAGGAUGGAGGGAAGACCUGGAUUACUGUCCGGCCCGUUAAGGGAGCGCUUGUGGUUAACAUCGGUGAUCAUGUUCAUUAUUUGAGCAAUGGACGUUUCAAAAGCGCAUUGCACCGAGCAGUGGUGAACUCGGACAGCAGCAGGCUUUCGAUUGCGACGUUUCAGAAUCCAGCACCAGAAGCCAUUGUUUACCCUCUCAUCAAUAGUAAUAUCAGGGAAGGGGAGGAGAAGCCAUUACUGGAAGAGCCCAUCACUUUUGCGGAGAUGUACAAAAGAAUAUUUAGACGAGGCCUCAAACUUGGUGAAGGGAAGCCACAAAAUCAGACAGAGCUGGAUUUGACGGAUAUAAUAGCUUAA